ACACACACACACAGAGAUCCUCUCACAUACACACUCACAGCUGUUGAUACUUUUCUCUCUGAUGAACACUGGGGCAGCCGAGUAGAGGAGACUGCAAGGAUCCGGGAGAAUCAGCUGUCUGCUGGCAGAUUGAUCGAGGAGCAUCUGUAUGGAAAAUCUGCACGGACGAGUGGACAGACUGGUUUUCUGAACGCCGCUCGGCUCGCACUUUCUGUUAUUCAUAUCCCGCUCUUUCUCUCGUCUCUCCCGGCUUCUCUCUGGGACUCACUGGUGGAAUUUGUGCACAGACACCAAGCAGCAGUGAAAAACAGAGACAUGUGUUUUGCCUCAGCUGCCUACUACUACUGCCUCUUCGCUCCCAUUCACUGACCGAAUAGGAAAUAAACACAAGGUGAGUCAGCGUGGCAGCCAUAGAGCAGACAAGUGAGGUGAAGCAGGCAUGAGUGCAGACAGCCAUCAGGGGGUGGUGACCACUCCUCCCCCGCCUAGUGGAGGGACUAAGGAGCGCUACUUCGACCGAGUCAACGUGAAUGAUCCGGAGUACAUCAGGGCCCGAAACAUGUCGCCCGACCUCCGGCAGGACUUCAACGUUUUGGAGCAGAAAAAACGUGUCACACAGAUACUACAGAGCCCUGCUUUCAAGGAGGAAUUGGAGAGUCUGAUCCAAGAGCAGCAACGGAAAGGGAACAACCCCACUGGCCUGCUGGCCCUCAGGCAGAUCGCAGACUUCUUUAUGGCCAGCACAGUGGCCGGUUUCAACACUUCCCCUCUCAGCCUAGGGAUGGUCACUCCCAUCAAUGACUUGUAUGGAGUGGAAUCCACCACGAUGGUGAAAGGCGAGAAGCUGACGCGCUGUAAACUGGCCAGCCUCUACAGACUGGUGGAUCUGUUCAGCUGGGCACACUUCGCCAACUCCUACAUCACAGGCCGAGUCAGUAAAGAGCAAGAUCACAUCCUCAUCAUCCCCAGAGGACUGUCAUUUGCUGAGGCGUCUGCUUCAAACCUGGUUAAAGUCAACAUCAUCGGGGACGUGAUCGACCAGGGCUCCACCAACCUGAGAAUCGACCCAGCAGGUUUCAGCCCCCAUGCUGCCAUCUACUCCAUGCGUCCAGACAUCCGCUGCAUCAUACAUGUGCACACUCCUGCCACAGCAGCUGUGUCAUCUAUGAAGUGUGGUAUCCUGCCCAUUUCCCAAGAGGCGUUGAUCUUAGGUGAUAUUGCCUACUUCAACUACCAGGGCAGUCUGGAUGACCAGGAUGAGCGCAUAGAGCUACAGAAGGCCCUGGGACCCACAGCAAAGGUUUUGGUGCUGAGGAAUCACGGCGUCGUUGCUCUCGGGGAGACCAUUGAAGAGGCCUUUCACUACAUCUAUAACGCUCACUAUGCCUGUGAAAUCCAGGUUAAUGCCAUCUCUUGUGCUGGAGGUGUGGACAACCUUAUAGUGCUAGACCAGGAGAAGUACAAAUCACGAGUGUUUGGCGUAGCCUCAGCGGCCAGUGUCAACAUGGGCGGGCAAUACAAAUGGAAGGUCGGCGAGCUGGAGUUUGAAUCCCUGAUGAGAAUGCUGGAUAAUCUGGGAUACAGGACAGGCUAUGCAUACCGACACCCCAUUAUCAGGGAGAAACCGAGGCACAAGAGCGACGUGGAGAUCCCGGCCACCGUUACAGCAUUCAUGUUCGAGGAGGACGGGGAUAGUGGCGCAACACGGCUGCCCUUCAAGUUUCUGCAGCAGAGGCAGCAGAGGGAGAAGACACGCUGGCUCAAUUCACCCAACAGCUACACCAAGGUCAGCGUGGAAGGUGGAGAGGAGCGCUACAACAGCCGGACAACCACGUGGAUGAAGGCAGAUGACCCUGGAACCCCAAUUCGUAUCGAGGAUCCCAAUCAGUUUGUCCCUCUCAACACAGAUCCCAGUGAAGUGCUGGAGAAGAGGAACAAAAUCAGAGAGCAGAACCGGCUCGAUAUGAUGUCGUCAGGGCCGCGCUCUCAGCACCUUGCAGGCAUCCCUGUUGAUGAACCGCGAAAGCCAUACGUGCCCACAGAGGAAGAGCAGAUGGCUCCCCUGCCUCCCAACCCUUUCAGUGAGUUGUCAGAGAAAGAGCUGGAAGAGUAUCGCAAGAACGUGGAGAGGAGGCAACUGGGCCUCAGCGAUGGCGAGCACGAGCUAACCUCUGACGAUGGCUCCACUCUCUCUCAGUCUCUGUCUGUCACCCAGUCUCCGCAAAGCACUCCAGCUAAAGAAGAGAACCACACGGGCCUGAUGAACGGCAAAAAUGACCACGGCGACGUGGACGAGGAGCUGUCAAAGCGUGUCAGCCAGCUGACUACCAGUGUGGAGAGCGUGGAGAUCACUGUGCGCUCCGGCGAGAAAAUCGAAGAGGCCCUCUCCCCCGAGAGCUCUCCCUCCAAGUCGCCCAACACCAAGAAGAAGAAGAAGUUCCGCACCCCAUCCUUCCUGAAGAAAAACAAGAAGAAAGAGAAGACGGAGGCCUGAGAGCAAGCGGGCAGCAGGGGCGAGGCAGGCGGGAAGACCAUCUGCGUAGAGAAAGAAUGAGGGGCAAGCAACCCCCCCUUUUUUGUUUAAUAAUGUCUGUGUUUUUAUUUUGUUUUAAAAAUGUCCUUUUAUGUUUUUAAUUUUAUUAUUUUUUUAACAAAAGGUUUUAUGUGCAAAAGGCAGAGGAAACGAAUUAACAAAAAAAAAAAAAAAAAUCCGUUUGUAACAAAAAAAGAAAAGGUUUGUCCUUCUGCAGAAGGACAAGACAGUUUGAAAGAUCGGGGCGGGGAAAUAAAACAAAUUAAAACUGCAACAGAUGUGGGGUGACCAAGGAAGGUGGUGGUGUGUCUGCACACCUGACCUCCUAUGCAGUACUUUAACAGGGCUCCAUUUGAGGCUGUUUAGAUCCUGAGUUACUGGCUCCUCCUGUGAUUAUUCCUGGGCUGAAAAUGGAACUUGAAACCACAUUUAUGUUUUUUUUCUGGUUUAAAAUCCAAUUUUAUGAAAAAAAAAAAAGAAUUGGAUUAUAGACUGAGUGUUGUAAAACUGCACAAGUUCAAAACAAACCUUUUUUUUAAGAGCUCUCGACCCUUUUUCCUUCUCUUUCGCUGUUUUUUUUUUUUUUUUUUAACAUCCUGCUCACCUGACUCUGCAUAGGGAAUUGAGAGGCCACAUAAAAUUUGAAGUCACACUGGAAAACUGGUCUCUCAAAAAAGAAAAAGAAAAAAAAAAAGCAGCCACAGGGUUUGUGUUGAUUUAUUUACUGUGAGAGAGGUUCUCGUAUGCUCUUCAAGCUACUGUAGGCACAGGCUUCUGACAAAAACUUUCUCUUCCACUGGUUGUGGUUGAACUACAGAUGAGUUUAAGGGUUAGUAGAGUAGAGACAGUGAGGAUGAAGGCUGGCAGUCAAUCACAACUUUUAUCUGAGAAUAUUUAUGUAGCAUUUUUCAUCUUGUCCUUUUCAUCUCAGUGUUUUUUGUUUUUUUUUGCCAAACUAAGUGGGAGAAUAGUAGGGGGGGGCAUUUUAAGCAAGCAUCUCUGUUUAUUUUGAGUUUGUCAUCUCAUUUUUACUGAAUGCAAAUUUGGUAUUAGUCAACUCUGUUUCGUACUCAUUUCUAAGCUUUUACAGAGAAUGCAGAUGUUAUGCAUGUUUCCUCUUUUUUGCGAGAACUGAAUUUAUUUGGCUAUGUUCUGUAGUGAUGCCUGAUUUUCUUUUUUUCAAAUUAUAUUCUAAUCUUCAGAGUACGCAAAGUUACUAUAUAACACAGAUAUAUAAAAACUGGAUAUGUUGGCUAUAGAUAUUUUUUUUUUAGCUAUAUAUUUUUUAUUUCAUGGUGCAGCACUUUUCUUGUGGUAUAUAACACAUUCUAGUUGCAAGUGGUCUCACCAGUGAAGGGGAUUGUGAAGUAUUUGAUAAAGUUGUGCAAGUAGCAAGCGAGGCAUGGUGUCAGGGAAUGGUCAGGACCCAGAAAGUGAGCUGAAUGAAGACAGAAUAAUCUUUCAUUGGUGUCACACAUGAGAAAAGAUUACUGCUCUCAACCAGUGUUUCUGAAGAAAUGCUAUGUCCAACUAUCAGCGGUCGCCAGCUGAACAGAGAAUCAUGGGUCAUGGAGAGCAGAGCGGUGACGUCUUUUGUUUGGUGUGUUUGUGCGUGUGUGUGUUUUAAUCCAUAUUGUAAUUUCUUUUUCUUCCAUUAUUUUAAUAAGACAAGGGUUGUGAUUCUUAUCUGCCUGCUCAGGCAUCAUAGACCCUAACAAGACCUCUGUUAAAUCACCCCAGUGACUGCAUUGACACCCCUCAGGCGCCCGAAAACUCACCCCCCCCCACCCCCACUGGCUACAUUCACAGUAGCUAUGUCUCCUUGCUUAAUUUGCUGUUUUAUUUCCUCCAAGAACUGGAACAUCAUAAGGAGGUCAUAUGGACAUUCUAUUUUAUUUUUAUGAUCCUUUUCCAAGCCCGGUCAUUAUUUCGGCUUCUAAAGCCUUCCUUCCUGUAAUUUCUCUUGUAAACACGAUCCCGUUGUAACUGGCGGAUGACCCAUAGUUGAACUCAGCAAAGCCAAAGUGUGAUGGGUUGCCGCAUAUUCCCCCCACCCUUGCAGUUUAAGCAGAUGUACCAAUAUCCCAGCUAGCAAUGUGAAGUAUUGGAUUUGGAGGGAGUGCGGGAGGGUUUUAGGGGCAUCUUUAGCUGUGUUAAACGAUAGCUUUUGGCUCCGGGCGAAGAGCUGAGGUCACACAACUGAAAGAUGGAGAAGAGAGGUGUGAGUUUGGAAAUGCAAGUGCUUACGUGUGUGUAGUAGACAGGAGCAGGGGAAAAGGACAACCUGAUACUAACACACCAUGUUUUUAUCGCUCAGAUUGUUUCUUUUUUUUUCUUUGAUACAUCGCUCCUCCUGGAAAUGUCUUUUUUUUUUUUCCAUCCUCCAUUUGUAUUGCAGUACGCUUUAUUUUUCUUCUAGUUUGCAGAGAGCACUAGGCUUUUUUCUUUUUCUUUUUAUUAACCAUUUUAUGAGCAUAAUUGAUCCCAGAUGAACUGAAUGUACAUUGCAUCCUUUUUAUUUUCUCAUCUCUUUCCGACUGUUUGCACCUUGCUUUACUAAUGUCUCCACCUCUUUUUUUUUUCUGUUAAAAAAACAAAAACAAAAAAACAAGUUUUGCUUUGGCAUGCCAGAAUGAGCCAAGCUACUUUGUGACCUGUGAAAAUCCUAUAUAAAUGGUUAUCUAAUGGAGUUGCUUUUAGAUGUAUUGCUAAUCUGUGUAAAUUCACAAAUAAAACUGUAUUUUAAGAAA